UCAUAUUUAUCUCAUAUGUAUCGUAUACAAUCUUAUUAGGUUAAGAAAUAUGGUAUUCUAUUGGGCCUACCCCGACUCCCCAAAGUCUGUCCAAGAUUAUUCAAGCUAGUUCAGCUCUGACUCCAUUAUACCCAGGUUCUCUUCCUGCUACCGUGUACUAUCAUGGGCAGAGACGGCGGCUGAAGCAGCGACAUUGCUGCGACGUAGCCUACUGCUGCUGCUGCUGCUGCGGCGGCUGACUGCGAGUGUGUUUUCGUCUGUGCUUCUUUUUCUGUUGUUGCUGUUGCUGUCGUUGUCUUUAGGUUUGUUGUUGUUUUUGGUUUCUUCUCAGCUCGCGUUGUGUGUUGUUGUCGAACGGUCCGCAGUCGCUGCGCUUGGAGCAGGGCCGUCAGUACGCUGAAAACUUUGCCCAGGUUCGGUACGGAAAUCGAAGUCGAGGAAAGACUGCGCGACGCCCACGGUGAAAUUCGAUGUUGUUACCAGUUGUAGUACUGCUAGUGCUGCCGAAGUGGAUUUUAGUGUUUUGUGUGCCAUGACGAUUCUGGCUGUCACUCGGUCUGGACGGCUUUAAUUCAUAACUCGUUGGCGCCGUCGACUUCGUCGCGUUCGUGACUUGAGUCUUGCAGUGCAAUCAAUCAGUCAGCCAAGUCAGUUCGGUGGUCCAUCGAUCGAUCGCCCGAUGAUUGGCCGUUUUCAGUCGCGCAAUUGUCUAAUGUCAAAGCGCUAAGUGCUCCGGCCACAUAAAGCCAGCCGUUUCCAAGGUUCCGCGGGCGCUCCAGUUACCCAAUCGUCGUCUACUUCCCGCUCCGCUUCAGACUCUGGCUAUUGUGUAUCUUCGCAUCGCUGCCUGUACCUGUACCUGUGCCUGUGUCCGCAUCGGUGUAUCUGUGUUUGCAUCUGUAUCUGUAUUUGUUUGCUCUGGUCAUGCUCCGCGAGCUGGCCAUGAGAAUUGCGUGUGCCCAGUGAUCGCAUAACAGCCAUGUUCCUUAAGCCCAAAAGCUUUGAGCAGACGUUGCGCGGCGGAAUCGUUCCGGCUGUGCCUGCUGCCCCCGGAUCGGGCUUGAACCCCUCCUUCCACAAGGGCUGCACGGGCAAGGCGCACGCCUGCGGCACCAGCAAGUCCCAGAGGGUUGCGGCAGCAGCAGCAGCUGGAGGAGCGGGAACGGGAACGGGUGUUGCGCAAGGAACGAGCUCCAAGGCAGGCGGUCGGCAGACCCCCAAGGCUCAGCGUAAGAAUAGCAUCAGCUCGGAGACGAUUAGUGAGAGUGGUUCCGAGAACUCCACCAGUUGGCCCUCCUGCUCCUCGGCAGCCGUUCCCUCAACCGCUCCGCCUCCAAAACCGCCUCGUCUGGCGGCCACUAAAGCUAAGGAAGCUGCCGCUGCCCUUGCAACUUCGCCACCGCAGGCUCCAGUUACGCCUAUAUUUGAGCGUUCCACGAAACGAUCCCUCAGCUUCCGGGGCAGUAAUGGUGGCAAGCCAGCGGAGCCAAAGGCCUCCCUGGGCACAUCCUCUUCGAUACGUCCGCCGUGGAACAGUUCCGCUGUAGCUGCGUCCAAGUAUGCCGCCGCUGCCGCCAAUGCCCCCCAGUCGCCCAAUCCAAGUGCACGGAGUUCGUUCCGCCGACGACGCGAUGCCCAGAACAUUGGCCUACAAUGGCCGGCCGUUUGGGCCACUUCCCUGGCCGCCAACUACAAAAACUACGAUGCCAUACUAAAGCAAAAGAGCCGCCACGAGAAUGGCAAUGGAGGCAAUGGAGGGGCAGGAGGCGAAUCGGGAGAAGGAGUGUCCCAUGAGCUGGAGGCGGAUGUGGCGGAUGGCAGUCAGCCGGAGCGUGUGUGGCUGGUGCAUCGCGGUGGCUUCACUGCCGCCAUCCGUCUGCCAACGCCCUCGUCUGGCCGGGAUGAGGAGCACAAGCUGAAUCUGCGGCUCCUGCACAACGGGGAGUUGCUGACCGUCGACGAGGACGAUGUGGAGAAGCAGAAUAGCCCCGUCCUGGACCUAGCCGAGGAUAUCUGCGAGCUGAAGUAUUUGAACGAGGCGUCGGUGCUCCACUGCCUGCGUCAGCGUUACGCCAGCAAUCUAAUCCACACCAAGGCGGGGCCCACGCUGCUCGUGGUCAAUCCCAUGGCACCGCUGUCCCUCUACUCCGAGAAGGUUGUCUCCAUGUUCCGCGGCUGCAAGACGGAGGACAUGCCGCCCCACGUCUACUCGCUGGCCCAGACCGCCUACAGGAGCUUGGUUGAGACGCGGCGCGACCAGAGCUUGAUAUUCAUGGGCCGAUCUGGUUCUGGCAAAUCCACCAGCUUCAAGCAUGCGCUCAACUACCUGGCGUUGGCAGCUGGUGCCUAUAACAACUUUAUAAAUGCAGAGAAGGUCAAUGCCCUGUGCACGAUUCUGGAGGCCUUUGGAAAUACGAGAACUUGCCUCAAUUCGAACGCUACGCGAAUGACGCAGCUGUUGAGUCUUGACUUUGACCAGACUGGACAGAUUGCAUCCGCCUCGCUACAGGUUCUGCUCCCAGAGCGACAGCGAGCCGGUCGACGUUUGGCCCACGAGCACAGUUUCCACAUCAUGACACGCCUGCUUGCUGGCGCCGCUGGAUUGCUGCAAAAAGAGCUGCACCUGGAGAACAUCUCUUCGGAGGACAGCCAUCCGUUCAUAUCGCUUUCCCAGAAGUUGGAAGAUCGCCACCGAGCAGCCAACGACUUUAUGCGCACCGUUCAGGCCUUCGAAUCGCUCAACAUUGAUGCAAAGGCUGUCCGUGGAAUCUGGAGCAUUCUGGCUGCCAUUUACCAUUUGGGCAUUGCGGGUGUCACCAAGCUUGGAACUGGAUCCACAGCCCGCACGCAAUUUGCCAAUCCCACGGCCGCCCGCAAGGCUGCGGGUCUGUUGGGCGUAAACCUGGAGGAUCUGUCAUCGGCUGCUUUUGGAUUAACUCAGCCAAAUGCCCCCAACGGCGGCCUGAGUCCAUCGAAGUCGCCCACUUCGGACACUGGCCACGAGUGGGCAUGGGAGUGCUUGGAGGCGCUGGUCAUUGGCCUUUACUCUGAGGCCCUGGCUGCAGUGGUGGCUUUGAUCAAUCGACAGAUUUGCACCUCGGCCCACACCAUAGCCUCGAUUAUGCUAAUCGACACGCCCGGCUUCCAGAACCCGGCCAGCUGUGGCCAGCAGGUGGGCGCCACGCUGGCGGACUUGCGUCACAACUACCUGCAGGAGCGCCUGCAAAUGCUCUUCCAUCACACCACACUUGUGGCCCCACGCGACCGAUACGCCCAGGAGCUAGUGGAAAUUGAGAUGGAUCAGGCCUCGGAGUGUCAUCCUGGACCCCUGAUCUCUCUGAUCGACAAGGCGCCCCAAAACCACGUAGUCCGCUCGUCGCAACGAGAUUUACGUGAACACGAUCGUCGCGGAAUGCUAUGGUUACUCGACGAAGAAGCUAUCUACCCGCACUCCAACGAUGAUACAUUCCUCGAGCGCUUGUUCUCGCAUUACGGUGAUCGAGAGCAUCACACGCUGCUGCGCAAGUGCGCCGGUCCUCGCCAGUUUGUACUCCACCACCUGCAAGGCACCAAUCCCGUCCUGUACGCUGUGGAUGGCUGGGUGCGCAACAGUCGUGAACAUCCUGGCAUUCGAAAUGCUGUGUCACUGCUGCAGGACAGCAGUAGGGAGGAGAUCAAUCGUUUGUACAUUGGCUCACUUACCCGAGGGUCAGGGGCAAUGGUAUUCUGCGGCUCCUUUGCCGGCUUGGAGGGCACCCAGUCCCUGCGUCGUGUGUCCAGUAUACGACGAUCCUUCACUACGGCUGGCGUGAAGCGUAACUCCAUUAUGCUGCAGGUGAAGUUCACUGUGGACGGCAUCAUCGAUACGCUACGUCGCACCGGCACUCACUUUGUCCACUGUUAUCUGCUGCAACACAAUGCCGGCAAGCACACCAAGUUCACGGCAAAUGGGUCUCCAAGUUCAGCUGUCGGGCAGGCGACCAGUGAGGAGGAAAUGGUCAAUGUGCCACUAUUAAGGAGUCAGCUACGUGGCUCGCAAGUCCUGGAAGCGGCUCGUCUGCAUCGUCUUGGUUUUCCCGAAUCUGUGCCAUUAUUGGAGUUUGUUCGCCGCUUUGGUCUGUUGGCUGGCGAUUUGGCCAGCAAUAAGGAUGUGAGCGUGGAACAGAUAUUGGCUGUCAAUGAGCUGGAUGUGGCUACAUAUCGCAUUGGACCUAGUCAGAUCCUCUUCCGCUCGGGAGUUCUUAGUGAACUGGAAGCCAAGCGCGAUGUCCUGCUUUCUGAUCGCAUUAUUCAGCUGCAAGCCUUUUGUCGCGGCUAUUUGGCCCGCAAAAAGAUGUCCCAGCGACGUGUUCAGGAAUUGGCUGUGCGUUGCAUUCAACGCAAUGUGAAGGCUUUCCUCGCCGUUCGCGACUGGCCCUGGUGGCGUCUCCUGGUCCGGGUGACGCCUCUGCUGAACGUCCAUCGCACCGAAGAGCAGCUGAAGACGGCCAACGAGGAGCUGCUAAUGCUGCGAGCCAAGCUGGAGAAGAUCGAGUGCGAUCGCAGUGAGGUCAAGGCGGAGAACCAGAAGCUGGAAGCCAAGCUAUCCGAGCUGACUGUGGACCUUGCCGAAGAGCGAUCCACGGCCCACAUAGCCACCGAGCGCCUGGAGGCGGAGACCGCCGAGCGCCUGAAGCUGGAGAAGGAGCUCGGCGAUCAGGCCAAUAAGGUGAAGAACCUGCAGGAGACGACGGAGAAGCUGGAGAUGGAGCUGAUAUGCGCCAAGUCCGAUCUGAAUGGAAUUUCCGAGGACGAGGAUGCCGAGAACGAGGACGGUGGUGGCGGAGUUUACAAGCUCAAGUACGAGCGGGUGGCCCGGGAGCUGGAGUUCACCAAGCGGCGGCUGCACACACAGCAUGAGCACGAUCUGGAACAGCUGGUCGGGCUCAAGAAGCAAUUGGAAAAGAAGCUUUCCGAUGCCUACGAAGAAGUUGAGGAGCAACGUCAGGUUGUGGGCCAAUGGAAGCGCAAGGCACAGAAGAUGACCAACGAGAUGAACGAUCUGCGCAUGCUGCUCGAGGAGCAAAAUGCACGCAACAAUUUGCUCGAGAAGAAGCAGCGCAAGUUCGAUGCCGAGUGCCAGUCCCUGCAGGAUGCGGCUCGCCAGGAGCGCCAGGCUAAGGAGCGUUACGGUCGCGAGAAGGAUGUUCUGCAGGCCGAGAAAUUCACACUAGAGCAGUCACUAGCGGAUACCCGUCUAGAUCUUGAGCUCAAAGAGGAGAAACUUGCCUCGCUGCAACGAGAACUGGAUGAGAUGACCUUUGGCGGUGGCACCGAGGAGGAGUUUGCCCAGCUGCGACGCUCUAAGAAUGAAACAGAGCGUCGAGCCAAGGAGCAGGAGGAGGAGCUGGAUGAGAUGGCCGGACAGAUACAGCUUCUCGAGCAGGCCAAGCUGCGUCUCGAGAUGUCCCUGGAAACGAUGCGCAAGGAGGCGCGUCGCGAAUCCCAGCAGCGCGACGAGGAGCUGGAGGAGGUUCGGGGCAAUGGGUACAAAAAGAUCAAGGCUCUCGAGUGCCAACUGGAAACGGAGCACGAGGAGAGGACCCUGUUGCUACGCGAAAAGCACGAGCUGGAGCGUCGUCUCUCCUCCAUGGAGGAUCGUGACCGUGUUGAUCGCGAUGCCGAGGAGGCACUCAACCAGAAGCUGCGACGUGACUUGCGCAAGUAUAAGGCCUUGCUCAAGGAUGCCCAGACGCAGCUGGAGAGGCUGAAGGCAGACACGCCUGGUAAGACGCUCAUCCGUCAGCUGCGCAAUCAGCUGGAAGAUGCCGAAUCCGCUCGAUCUCUGGCUCUCAAGGCGCGGCAAGCAGCUGAAGCGGAACUAACCGAAGUGCAGGCCAUGUUCGAGGAAUCACAUCGUGGCAGAAACGAUGCUGAGGAGCGGGCCAACGCGGCGACUAGGGAGGCGGUCGAGCUGCAGGCCCAGAUCGAUGAGAACGAGGAGGAGAUGAGUGAACUGAUGAAGAAGUACAGCGCCACCGUCAAGCAGCUAAAUGCUGAACAGAUCAACGUCUCCGAGGCGGAAUUUAAGCUCAACGAGAUGGAGGCCGAGCGUAACAAUCUAAAGGAGCAGGUCACCGAUCUGCAGCACCGUCUAGACAACGUCGAGAAUCUGGGUGAUCCCUCUAUGGCCAUGAUGUCCAAGCGCUUGGAGCUACGCACCAAGGAGCUGGAAUCCCGCCUCGAAUUGGAACAGGCCACCCGGGCUAGACUGGAGGUGCAGGUGAACCGUCACAAGGAGGCCCUUGAAAAGCUUCAGAACGAGGUUACGCAGUCAAAGAUGCGCGACAUGCAGGCCCAGGAUGCGCUCAAAAAGUCGCAAAAGAGUCUGCGCGACAUGCGCGAGGAGUUCCAUACUGUCUCUAGCCGCGAACAGGAGUCGCUAGCCCGUCGCAAGGAUCUCGAGAAGAAGAUGGAGCAAAUGGAAUCGGAGGGAGCGGCCCUUAAGAACGACUUGCGCCUGGCCCUGCAACGUAUAGCGGAUCUGCAGCAGGCCAUGGAGGAGGAGGGUGAAGAGGAGCUGAGUGAGAGCGACGAAAGCCUUAGUUCUGUGGGCUCCAUUAGCGACCUGGAGGAGCGACUGCGGCCCGUGCACGUUAAGCGCAGCUCACAGCAGUCGCUGAACGGCAGCAUCGGUGGCGGCGUCGGUGGAAACGGCACAGUUGUUAGCACCACGCGCACCGUGGUCUUUGAAAAGGAAGACAACAGCCCUAGAAUAACAGUGACGUCGCCAUCGUCGCCACACAUUCAUAAGCUGGCAGUGGCGGCCAAAGCCAUACCGGCCACCAAACCGGACACAAAGCCUGCAGCCUCGGCAGCCAAACCAACGGCGGCCGCACCGACCAGGAUGGGAUUAACGGUGCCAGUGGUUCACCAGAAUGGCCAGCCGUAGUAGACGCAUCCUUGUCUGUUCGCGGCCCCGCGGCUGCAGUUUGUAACAAGUAAUUCUUAUUUUUUUAUUAGUUGUUUACCAUUUUUAUUUGAUUACUGUUUAGUUCAAUAUGUUUAACUAUUUAUUAUCGAAAUAUAGCUACAUGAUAUAAUAUAUGAUAUAUAUUUAAAAACCCAAACGGCAUUCGCAAGCAAUGCUAAAUCGUAGUUAAUUUAAUUUGCGCGACAGUCCCUAAAGAAAAGUGAUUAACAACAAGUUUUUAUCUCUCUCAAAACAAACAAAAACACAACGGAACUAACACCUAUAGCCUAUAUAGAAUAUAGUCUCCAUUAUCCUAUAGCCAACUUAAAUGAAAUUAGUUAAACGCGUUUCAAAAUCAUAGGAAAGUGUAUUGCAAUGGCAGUUGAAUCCCAUAUGAACGAGUAUUUUACAAAUAACUCCCUAUUCUUAUACGAACCAUCAUCAUUAUCAUCCCCAUCGUAACAUCAGUAACUAAACGUCAUUAUUAGCUUCAUUCAUCAUGUACGGAAAAGAAAUUAAAAACUAUAUAAGCAAAGAUACAGUAAUAUAUAUAUUGGAAUAUGAAAUUUUGCAGAAAUCAUCAAAAAUGACAAAAAAAUUCAAGUCCUUAUAGAAAACUAACAAA